GCCUUGCUGCAGGCACAAGUUGACACCCGACCCCCUGAAAUGUUUUAAUUUACGCAUUGCUGGUUCGGAGGAUGGUGUUGAAUGGCAUGGCUGCCAAGGCAGAGAGCAGCAUGAAAGUGGAUGAGGUCAUCGAAGGCACGUUCACCAAUACGACCCUGUGUUCUUGCCGGCAAGGGAACUGCCGGCAACCGGGCCAAGGCACGGCCACACUCGACAUGUUGUUGCUAGGAUCGAGAUUUGGACCAUGGAAAGCGGUUCUUGACGAAUUCCCAUUUGCUGCUGCCCGCGGCCGAUGAUGUCGUUGCCUCUGGAGCGUUGCUUUCCACUCCAACAGCUGUCAACCUGCUGGAGCCCCGUUGCACAAACCGCGUUUGCUGACCACCAAGCUUGACCUUGCACCGUGUCCUGGAUCUUCACACCUCCAGGCCGUUUUGGACGCCUCCACGCCUCUAGUGUAGAGUGCCGAGAAACAUGGGCAAAAGGAAUGGAAAACAAUGAAAGCGUAAGAGGGGUUGUUAUUUUGCAUUUCCUGAUUCUUAGUCGUAUUUCCGGGCACAUUAAAGUAAAGCCCACCCUCUCGUCUUCCCCAUGCACCCUCCACAGACUCGAGUUGUGAGCCGCUAUGCUUCCCUCUUCCUCACCAUUUUCUCGCCCCAUUAUAUCACUGGAAGAACACUUCCAGGAAUAGCACACAUUCGGCUUCCCGUGCUGUGACCUCAUUGCUUGCGUGUGGCUGGUGGCCUUUCCUACCCUCCAAACCUGCUAGGUCAAAGUGGCAACACUGGCACCCUUCCUUAUCGUUUUGGGCCAGAGGUCGGCGGCGAUCGUCAUCAGUGGCUUUGCAGCAGGACGCAGGACGACGCAACACGACACUGCAGGACGGCUGUUGUCACCAUGGCCGUCGGCCAACUACCGAAGAGCUCUUCGGACCCUGAAAUAUCCUCGACCCGCCCCGCCAGGCCCAAGUUCCACCACAGAUGCACCAAUGAUCGAAUUCGCGAAGGCUCAGGAACGCCGCCGUUAUUCUUCUCCAUGACGGGAAAGAUUCGAAAAGAUCGCAAGUCGGUGUUUAGGGAGGUUGGCUUGGACACGGAGGAGCCCAGCGGUCCCUAUUUCAGCGAGCACGAGUUUGGAGAAAUCACGGGACUCGCCUCACCAACAAGCACACAUCGACCAGACACCGCGCAGGGAAAUACGAGUGACGAUGGGAAGGACGAUACUGAACAGCGGCAACCACGAGACGAGCUAGACGAAGCCGAGUCACCAACAUCACCAUCACAGAAGCCGUGGUACUCGAGGUUGACGCCCGGUCGACGGCCGAGAGUGAGGACAGCAUCAAGUGCGCCGCCUCCCAGCGUUUCUAGCUUCACACGACUUUCCACGAUUGCACUGCUUAUUGCUGUGGUAAUUCCUGCGUUUAGUUAUUACAAGGGUGCUGAGGAGGUUGCGCCGCUUGCUGGUGCCGACGCCGGCGUGAUCUACUAUCGAGAUAUGAAGCCCGGGCCGAUACUCGAGACGAGGGCUGACAGCCCAACCAAAGCGUGCAAGCGAUGGGCUCAUCAGACCGCCCAGCUGAACGGGACUCUGUACAUCUACGGCGGCCAGGCAUCGAAUACGCCCGACCAGACGUAUGACAACUGGAACAACAACCUCCUCGUCCUCGACCUGACCCGCAGCUGGGACAUCACCUCCCCCUCCCUCCGCGGCCUCCCCCAGCCCUCCGGUCCCCCCGCAGUAUCCCUAGGCUACCUCUGGAACGACUACAACAACCUCUACCUCUACGGCGGGCAAUUCUCAGACAAACCGGUCGCAGACGUCCCUCCGCUUUCCAUCUGGCGCUACUCGAUCAAGUCCCAGUCCUGGGACGAGUUCAAAAACCCAAAGACAACCGCGGGGAAUUAUUCCACCGACGCUGGCAUCCCCCUUGAGCGCGCCGCCGAAGGAGCUGGUAUCUCUGUGCCUGAGUUGGGGUUGAGUUGGUAUUUUGGUGGACAUCUAGACAGCCACACCACACCUGGAUGGUCGAUACAUGUGCCGAGGUUGUACCUGAAGAGUUUGUUGGAGUUUACCCACCCGGGAUAUGUGAAUGACGGGUUGAAGAUUGAUGGGGCGGGGAGUGAGGGUGCGUUUAGGAAUAUUACCGAGGGAGGGUUGCAGGUGCAGGAUGCCUUCUCGGAACGGGGAGAUGCGGCGCUGGUGUUUGUGCCAGGCUGGGGAGAGAGGGGGAUAUUGAUUGGUUUGGCGGGAGGGAGAGUGGGAGGGGACCUGAUUGAUGAUUUGAGGACGCUGGAUGUUUUUGACAUCGAGACGUCGGAGUGGUAUCAUCAGGAGACGACUGGGGAGGCGCCGAGGGUGAGGGUGAAUCUUUGUGCGGUCGUGGCGAGCGCGCCGGAUGCGAGUAGCUUUCAGAUCUAUGUGUAUGGUGGUCAAGAUCUUGAGGAAACACAAACCCAGUACAACGACAUGUACAUCCUCUCCAUCCCCGCCUUCACCUGGAUCAAAGCCCCCUCGUUCUCCUCCUCCUCCACCGCGCCCAAAGCCCGCGCCGGCCACACCUGCAACCUCCGCGACGGCCAAAUCAUUGUUCUGGGAGGCUACACCGGCGCCUCCACCCCAUGCGAAUCCCCUGGCAUCUGGGUCUUCAACGCCUCCUCCCUCACCUGGUCUUCCCGCUUCAACUCCCUCGAUCACCCCCCGGACAUCUCCCCCGAGAACUCCGUUUUAGGCGCCUCCUACGGGUACACCGUCCCCGAUUCCGUAGCAGAAGUAAUCGGCGGCUCCCCCUCCGGCGGCGCAACAGUCUCCCAACCCCUAGUCGGUAAACCCACCGCCGGUCCCUUCGCCACCGGCAAACCCCCCAUCUGGACACUCCCAGGUAGCACAGCAACCGUAACCGCCUGGGGCCCCGACGCAACCUCCACCGUCCCCCCCGGCUCCGACCCCCAAUCUCCCGACAGCAACAACAGCAACAAUAACAAUGCCGAAUCCCGAAAAGGAGGCCUCAUCGCAGCAGGCGUCAUCGCCGCGCUGGCCGGGCUAGCAGCCCUCUACCUAGGCUACUGCGCCUGGCUGUACCGCCGCCAGGUAAAAGCCUACCGCUCCCACCUCGCCGUCGCAAACCGCUACUCCGGUCCGGCAGGAGCCUCAACCGGCACCUUUUCCGGCCUGGCGGCCUUCUUCGGCGGCGGGAGAAAAGGAAGCAAAAAGUCCAACAAGAGCGGCAGCAACCACGGAACGGUCGUCACGGAAAAAGAGCGGUACUACCCCUCCAAUCGGAUGUCUACUUCCACGACGGACUCACUUUUUGCGACGUCGUCCGGCGCGGGGGGGGUGGAGCCAAGAACAAUGUUUGACGACGACGACGGCGCCCACCACGAUCUUGGGGUGCCACAGCGGCCGGGGCAGUGGUGGAGAGAUCAGGAGGGUGGUCAAGGGAGUAGCCAGACUGCGGUCAAUACUACUGCUUCUGGACCUUCGGGGGCGUCACCUGGUCAUCAUAUUCAGGACGAGGAGGUUGGGAUGGGCAAAAAGGUUGAACGAAGGGGGAGUACGAGCGGGGAAAGCGCCAGUUCGACGGAGCGUUUGCUCGAGGGGCAGGAGCCGAGCUUCUUCAGCGUGGUGAUGAAGCCGAGGAGGGCGUUGAGGGUGGUGAAUGGGUUGGAGGGCGAGGUUACGAGCGCUUGAGUUGGGUAAAAAUGAUUGGGUUUCUGUCGUUACUACUUUCUUGUUGGCGAAGUUUGGAUACCCCCUUUUUUUCUGGAUCGGAUGGGAAGCGGUCAUUUAUGUACACGGGAAGAGAAAUGAUGAUGACGAGGCAACGAGAAAUACAUACGACUAGACUCUUCUUGAUGUAAACGGAGAGCCU